ACUCAGAUCUUAUUGCUUAAACGAUAAGGAUUACGUGAGAAACAUCACUCCAACAUUAAUUAUGGAUAGCUAUCCACCCGAGUUUAUCCUUCACCAUGUUCCUUUGAUGAUGGUUAUUGGAUUAGGCACUGUUAAAGACUUGAAUGAACAAUCCUCUACGUCGCCAAUCUCGCCUACCAACCCUCACUCUACGCAUUCGAGACAGAAUUCUAUUGGAACUACUCCCUUGUCCUCGAAACAGUUGUCAAAAACUUUAUUAACCUUGCUAACAGCAAAAAGUCAAAAUGGUGUAUGGGAACUUGGGAAGAGUGCAAGUACCAAUUUCCAUGUAGUGGCUGUAGACAAGAAUUAUCAACUUCCGCCUCGCAAACCUGUGAUGCGACCUUCACAAACUCCACAUCACUCUACCAUUUCCGCGCAUUCUCCUCUUUCACCGUAUACACCUGGUUCUCCUGUGUACCCUGACGGCUUUAUUCCUACGAUAUGGGUCCGAAAACAUCGCGAGGUUCUACCAAGCGUUGUUGUGGGAUUUUAUGACUUAUGGCAUAGAUCUAUGGGAACUACAACGAAGGAGAGAGAUGAAUUCGAGCCAUUAGGUUCUCAGGAGCCCAUUGAAAAAGAAAAGGACUCUAAUUUGGCAUUGGAGAUCAAUGAAAAGAG